CUACAGUAUGGGCGAAGAAGCGCAGAAGCUUGGCCAAGUCUUGGAGGAAUUUAGCCGAAGAAUGAUGACCGUCCUUCGAAGUCAGUCAAACGUAGACGACGAGUUGCAUUGUGGAAAGUACAAGGACAUCAUCUCUCAAGCUCUUGACGCUGUGAAGGACCUCGAUCCUUUCCAACCAGGCACUAUGCAGCAGGCGCGCGAUGCCAUCGAAGGUAUCCUCCUUCAACGUCAAGAAAGGACGGCAUUCGAAGAUAUGAAUCUCUUCGGCGCUUUCAUGAAGGUCGUUGGUGAUGACAUCAACGACAUCGGACAGAGCUUAAUCGACCGAGGUAUUAAACUGUGCGGGAAUUUUGUCAUCGAAGAUGCACUGACAGACUUUGAGAAGGAGAACUUUAAGUACUGUACAGAAGUGUUCAGAUUGAGUUCGAUGCAAAACUGGAAGGAUUGACAAAACAGGAA